AUGUCGGAGUCAGAUGCCCCACCGCGCUCUAACCAGGCCGCCCAACCUUUUACGCUGUACAUCUGGUGGCUGGUUGCUGUUCGAACACCACCAAGGACCCACGUUGAAUCAGAAGCACAAAGAGUAAACGCAGUAAAAGAGCGUGACUUGUGCAUUGCCUGGACGAGAGCACCAGACUCCGCAGAAACGCCCAAUAGGCGCUCUUUCAUUGCAACACGAUAUCGUAUACAUCGGUUUUAUGCGACGUCCGAGGACCAGAGACAUGUGUACUCAGUGUACAGACGUUGCGCGGCCCUGAAUCAAGGCGACGAACCGACGCGCCCUCGCCCGGACAAAAGCGACCUCAGCGGGAACUUGGACGAGCGACAAAUGGGACCGUGCUGUGCUGACCUCGACCUGCCGCACCGGUGCGUUGGAGGAAGACGGAAACUCACGCCGUCGAUUGGCAAAGCCUUCUCCACGCAUUCGACGCCUCCGACCGAUGCCCUGCAGAGAGAAACCAGCGCAGCGAUAGUUGCUCCGCCUCCUAGCUGCCAAAGUCAUCGGAAUUCGCCCCCUGUAUUUGCUGAAGGUGUUCUUAUUAAAAUUAUCCUCAAGGGGCGUAAUUCAGAGAGGAGGCCCCUUUGGACUGACGGUGAUCCUAUAAAGAUGGCGGCGGAGCAGGCGCGCAGCGAGGCCGAGGGGGACGUGCUGCCGUGGACGGUGGCCGAGUUCUACCGCGGGCAGAGCGUGCUGCUGACGGGCGGCUCGGGCUUCGUGGGGCGCGUGCUGCUGGAGAAGCUGCUGUUCUACUGCCCCGACAUCGACACCGUCUACGUGCUGCUGCGCCCCCGCAAGGGGCUCUCGGUGCAGGAGCGCCUGCACAAGCUGCUCGACGUCCCGCUGUUCGACCGGGUGCGAGUGCAGCGGCCGGAGGCGUUGGGACGCCUGCAGGCGGUGGAGGGCGACACGGCGCAGCCCGGCCUGGCGCUGGCGGAGGCGGACGCGCGCGUGCUGGCGGAGCGCGUGUCCGUGGUGUUCCACCUGGCGGCCAGCGUGCGCUUCGACGACCCACUCAUCAAGGCCGUGCGCACCAACGCGUGCGCCACGCGCGACCUGCUGGAGCUCGCCAUGCGCAUGCCCAAGCUCAAGCGCGAGUUCGAGGAGAAGCUGUACCCGGCGGCGGGCGACUGGCGCUCCAUCCUGGCGCUGGUGGAGGCGCAGGGCCAGAGCGACCCGGUGGCCCUGCGCGCGCUCACCACCAAGAUUCUGGGCCCUCACUGCAACACGUACACAUUCACAAAGAACCUGGCGGAGCACAUCGUGGACCACUACUCGGACCGCCUGCCCGUGGGCAUCGUACGCCCUUCAGUGGGUAGGCUGGGGCCGCCGCUCGUCUACCAGGCUGCGCAGGGGGACAUGCAUCGCAUCACCCAGGGCCACCUCAACGAGAUCGCUCACGAGGCCUGCGCCGAGAUGCCCUUCUCGAACACCCUGUACCACCCGUGCUGCAAUCUUACGAGAAACCGCCUGCUCUUCCUCGUGCAGUUCUUCUUCUUCCAUCUGGUGCCAGCGGUGAUCGUCGACGCUCUGCUCUCCGCCGCCGGUCGCAAACCCAUGUUGAUUCGCCUGCAGCGCCGAAUCUACUCGGCCAACAUGGCGAUUUCGUUUUUCGUCCUGCAAGACUGGGACUUCUUGAACGAUCGUUUCAUGGAUCUGGAAAAGCGGAUACAGCCAGAGGACCGCGAGGGAUUCGGCUACCGAUUCGAGAAAAUUGUACCUGAGGAGUUCCUCAGGAACGGGCUGCGCGGCACGCGCCGCUACCUUAUGAAGGAACCCGACAGCAAUCUCCCGCAAGCCAUUCGCGCUUAUAAGAGAUGGGCCGGAGCAGGCGGCAGCGAGGCCGAGGGGGACGUGCUGGCCGUGGACGUGGCCGAGUUCUACCGCGGGCAGAGCGUGCUGCUGACGGGCGGCUCGGGCUUCGUGGGGCGCUGCUGCUGGGAGACAGCUCCUGUUCUACUGCCCCGACAUCACACGUCUACGUGCUGCUGCGCCCCGCAAGGGGUCGCGGUGCAGGAGCGCGCUGCACAAGCUGCUCGACGUCCGAGUAAAUGCUCUGCCAGCAGCAGCGCCGGGUGGUUCCGACUGGCUGACGCGCGCUGUGUGGGUGUUGCGCAGCUGUUUGACCGGGUGCGCGCGCAGCGACCUGAGGCGUUGGGACGCCUGCAGGCGGUGGAGGGCGACACGGCGCAGCCUGGCCUGGCGCUGGCGGAGGCGGACGCGCGCGUGCUGGCGGAGCGCGUGUCCGUGGUGUUCCACUUGGCGGCCAGCGUGCGCUUCGACGACCCGCUCAUCACGGCCGUGCGCACCAACGCGAUUCUGGGCCCUCACUGCAACACGUACACAUUCACAAAGAACCUGGCGGAGCACAUCGUGGACCACUACUCGGCCCGCCUGCCCGUGGGCAUCAGCCGCCUCAUCGACAUGGCGUACGAGGCCAGCGCCGAGCUGCCUUUUUCGGACACCCUGUACCACCCGUGCGGCUCUCUUACGACAAACCGCCUGCUCUUCCUCGUGCAGUUCUUCUUCUUCCAUCUGCUUCUGGCGUUGAUCGGUGACGCUCUACUAUUCGCCACCGGCCGCAAACCCAUGUUGAUUCGCCUGCAGCGCCGAAUCUACUCGGCCAACAUGGCGCUUUCAUUUUUCGUCCUGCAAAGCUGGGACUUCUUGAACAACCGUUUCAUGGAUCUGGAAAAGAGGAUACAGCCAGAGGAUCGUGAGGGAUUCAGCUACCAGUUGGACAACCUCGUACCCGAGGCCUUCUUCAGGGACGCGUUGCGCGGCACACGCCGCUACCUCAUGAAGGAACCCGACAGCAAUCUCCCGCAAGCCAUUCGCGCUUAUAAGAGACACUGUUUUAUGCCACGAUUAUCUGGAUUAUUUUAUCAACGUUCCACUUUCUGUUGCUUGCGAAAUGAUGUAGGUGCUUCGAACAAAGAAAAUCAAAUACACCACCAAGCCAAUAUUUAA